UCUCCUGUAUUCUCCACCACCACAGGUAGCCUUCGUACUUUCAGCUUCGAGUCCUUUUUCAGAGAGAGAGGCAGAGGGAGAGGGAGAGGGAGAGAGAGGGAGAGAGAUGGCGGCCUGCGUAAAUUCUCCGGCGACGGUUCUGUGUCCGCCUCGUUCUUCUCCGUCGCCGGUCUCUCCAUCUAAUUCUCUCUUCUGCGGCCUCAACAUGCCUGCCUCACGGUCGUCACCCGCCGGCGACGCCGUGCUCAGUCUUCGCCGGAGACGGAGCAUCUCGCUCCAGCGAGUUUCGAGAUCUCCUUCGACUGAUGCCGCGAGUUUUCAGGUUGUGGCGGCGGCGAAGAAGACGGAGCCUCUGAAAAUUAUGAUAUCAGGAGCUCCUGCUUCUGGUAAAGGUACACAAUGCGAGCUCAUUACUCAGAAAUACGGGCUAGUGCAUAUCUCGGCCGGAGAUUUGCUGAGGGCUGAAAUAGAGUCUGGAAGUGAAAAUGGAAGACGGGCAAAAGAAUUUAUGGAGAAAGGACAGCUAGUCCCCAAUGAAAUCGUCGUGAUGAUGGUCAAAGAGCGUUUGUCACGGCCAGAUUCACGGGAAAAGGGAUGGCUUUUGGAUGGAUACCCCAGGAGCCUAUCUCAGGCAACAGCUCUAAAGGGAUUUGGUUUCCAGCCUGAUCUGUUCAUUGUCCUGGAAGUGCCUGAAGAGGUUCUUGUCGAAAGAGUGGUUGGUCGUAGAUUGGAUCCAGUCACGGGGAAGAUAUACCAUAUGAAGUAUUCUCCUCCGGAGACUGAAGAGAUCGCUGCUAGACUCACCCAACGUUUUGACGAUACAGAAGAGAAGGUGAAACUGCGGUUAAUGACUCAUAAUCAAAAUGUGAUGGAUGUACUCUCUAUGUAUGAUGAUGUAACGGUCAAGAUAAAAGGGGACCUCUCCAAAGACCAAGUCUUUUGCCAGAUUGAUAGUGUUCUGUCUGAACUGCUUAAACAGAGGAAGGCUACUACUCCAAGUUCACUUGCAAGCUGAAUCCCGAAUCAUUCCUCUCGUGGCUUGGCGAGUAAAUUGCCCGUCUUUUAACUUCUCGGCAGCUCGUAGAUCGGUUGGUAUUAUCGUAUCUGAGAUCAUGAGCUGCAAGAUUUGUGUUCAUUGCAAAAAAGAAAGGAAAGCAUUGAAACCUCAGAAAGAAGAUGGUACCUGUAAUGCUGCACCUUGUUUUCUUCGCCUGUAGAUACUUGUUUACUGCAAAUAAACCAUAUAAAAGAAAAUAAUCAGGAAAUUAUUUGAACCA